GAGACAUUUUGUUUCAGGCGGCAGCUGAACGUCCGACCGCGAUCCCACAUCCCUUCACGCUGAGCGGGGAGAACCAACGCCGACAGACCGACACCGUUCCAGGUGGAAGACGAGCAUGGACCGCACCAGCCUGGUGUUCAUGGUCCUGCUGACGGCCGGCUCUGCAGCAGACCUGCACACCGACGUCACCAGGGCACCGCCAGGCGCGGUGACCGCCACAACGUCCAACCAGAGCCUGCUGCCGACGCGGCAGCUGCUGAACACCUCAGAAACCCCGGAUCUCCAGGCCACACCGUCCACCAGGGUCCAUGCAAAUCAGGAAACACCCAGCACUCAUCGUGUCCCGCAGACCACCCAAAGAGCAGCAGCGCCAAUCAGCUUCACCCCCGGCGCUACCGUCAGAUCAGCAGGAAUGCCUACAGCUGUGGCUCCUACCAGCGGAGCCACAAACCCAACCGAACCCCCAACAGCUCCUCCAUUCAUGACCAACUCCACCCAGACCCAAGGCAGCAGUUUGUCCCCCACCUCCCUGACUCCACACCAAUCAACCGUCCUCAUCCAGACUUUUACCCCAUCCACUGAGCCUCAGAGGACACCACCAAGCCCAGGUGGUGGUACCACUCAGAUAUCCACUUCCUACAAGACCACAUCUGCAGGAAAACGUCCAAACCCCACAGAGUCUUGGAAGGGACCGAGCUCUGGAGGGGAAACCUCGCAUGGCAAAGUGGUGGCAGGGCUGAUCGGAGGAGCACUGUUGGUGAUGAUGCUGGGGUUCCUGGUCAUCUACAUGAGGAAACGGAGGCUUCAGAAGCAGCAGAUCACUUCCACCGACUGGGCAGGGCCUUCGCCCUUUCUGGCUGGUGGAGCCAAUGACAACCAGGCAUCACUUAGAUCAUCCAACCGCAUUUCCCUGUCCAGCUUCCUGCCUCAGAGACUCUCCAAACGGCUAUCCUUACUUCCAGAAGCAGACGAAGAGCUUCUAGACGUGAGUCCGGGGGGUACAUUUGGACGCAAACCUCAGGGGAGCACAUUUGGUCAGGAGGGCGAUGAGAAAGAUGGAGAGGAGAGUGACAGAUCUCCUGAAGCUCCUCCACCAACAGAUGUGAAAGAUGGAAAAGAGAGUAACGGAACGGCUGCAGUUCCUCCAACAUCGGCCAACUCAGGUGAAGCUGAAGGGACGGAGGAGAACUCCACCCCUUAGUUCCGUCCACAAGUCCCCAAGAUCAUCCCGUUUACUCCCCCAAGAAUCCUCUUUACCCCUCAAAACGAUCAAAAACCUUAAAAAUACUCAGGCGAAAGGCUAUGACCAAUGGACUCAAGCACCUCCAGCAAGCCCCAGGCCUGGUUCCAGCAGAUCCAGUCCAUGAACACCAAAGCUGGCUGACUUUCAGUGACUUUCCUGCAGCGACUGAUGCAACAGGAAGCUGACUAAUGUGUUGUCAUUAGAGGAAAUCACGAUGACUAAUGUUGCUGGUUUGAAUGAGUCAAUGUUGCUUCACAGAGACAAGAUUAUCAAAGACAUUUCCUGACGACGUGCCCUCCACAGUUGGCCCCGCUGAAGGUUUGUUCUCAGAAAACAUAAUCUGUGAAUUUACGUGGCAGCAAACAAAAAAGCAGGAGGAGAGUGUCAACAGUUAAAAUACCACAGUUGAUGUCUGCUUUUUCUGCUAAGUGCGAUGAGGAAACUUCAUCUGGCAACCGAAGCAACCGUAUUUCCAUCACAAAACCGUUUCCAGUCAGUCGCGUAUUCUCCUCUCUCUCUGACGAACCCAUGUCAUGUGCCCAGAAACGCUCUGAGGAAUCGGUCUAACCACCCACAACGAGACAUUUUUGCUCCUAAAAGACCUCUGCAAUGCAUCGUCUCAAGAUAAGCCCCUUUGACCUGAAACUGGUCACAUCCGAGGGGUUUCUGGGAGCUCACCGUCCAGAUGGAGGACCAGUGACUCUAGGUCUUGUUCUGAGUUCUGUGAGGCAGUAACCCCUCUGAUGGACCUGCUGAAUCAUCUCCAACAAGACAGUUCCUACAGAGAUGAUGUUGAUGGGACUCUACAGUGAAGGUGUUUGCAUUGCAGUUUGGAGAAAUAAUCCUUUUUCUAAACACCAGAGAAACCGACUACUUUUUUGCUCUCUUUUAUUCUGAAUUCUGCUUUGUGCAAUUGAAAAGUGAUUACGCGCAGCGAGACUGGGAGCCCCAGUGUCCGGCUGGCCUUCUGCACCGUACCAGACAGGUUGAUGAUCCUCAUUUAUGGCAGGGCUGGGGAUCGAUUCAAAUGUCAAGAACCGAUUUGAUUACGAUUCUUAAGAUUCAGAAUCGAUUAUCAAGAUUUGAUUCGAUUCGAUUCUGAUAUCGAUUUGGGUUAGUGUUAUUAAAACAGUUUUUUGAGCUGUUACAUGAAUUAUAUGACUGUAUAGUUAUGCAACAUAUUAAUACUACCAUAGUAUUAUAUUGAGAUUCAACAGCAAGUAUUGGCAGCUAAUGAUGCUGUAAGGACCAAUCACCUCCCAGAAUGCUGAUAGAACUGCUUUCAGAAACAUCGUGUGGCAGAAUUAUCAAACAGAUCCAGGGAGAAAACAGAGGACGUAUGAAAUCGGUUUUAUGUCUCCAUUUUCAGUGUUUUUCGGGUUUUUAAUUUUUGAGAAUUUGGUUUUUAGCAUUUUAUGCAAAUGUAACCCCAAGACAGUAUAUAAAGUAAUGAAAUAUAUACAAUUUAUGCAAUUAUAACAGAACACUUUAAUGUUUUCAUACCUUUAAACAUAUUUAAAGGCAAAAACAUUGUGUCCAACAAAACAUCCUUUUUUUGGCAUAAACAAAAAAAUACCAAAAAUGUAAUGUAAUGAUGAAAAAAUAAAUAAAUAAAAAAAAAUCGAUCUUUAGACACACAAAUCAAUUUUUAGGAAUUAAUAUGAGAAUCGAUUUAGAAUCGGAAAAUCGAUUUUUUUCAACAAAGGCCUAAUUCAUGGACGACACAGAUGUUUCAGAAGAUGUUUCUUCUGCUUCUGGAGCAUUCCCGCGACAGCAGGGAAUGCUCCAGAAGCAGAAGAAACAUCCGUGCAUCCGUGCACUAGCUGGUCGCUAGUGACAUCGCCCGUUUGUUUGGUGUUCUGCAUGUGCUGCAUGUGCUUGCUGUUCCUUGGACUAAAUGACCUCAGUCUCACCGGAUGCAGAACUGGAGGUGUUUCAUGUGGCGCUUUUACACUAGUACCUACUCAGCCCGACUCGACUCACCUUGUUUCUUUUCAAUACCCAGAUCAGAAGUAGGCGGGUUUGGAGUGAAGCUGCUGUGACGUACUCGAUUGCACGACACAAACGAAGAAGACCCACUCUGGCUAUUGUGGUCCUUAACCGCACGAUAAUCGCUUUUUAACUUUUUCAGUUUGUUUCGAAAACUGCUGAAAGGUCUGUUUGUAGCCGUGAGCAGACAUGGACUGAGAAAGCUCCUGGUAUAUUUUUUCAUUCCUUGUUGCCCCAUCAAGCUCUCUCUGGAUAUUUUCCUCAGCCACCAGGUUUAAGAAGGUCUCCACCUCAGAAUUUGACCACGGAACAGAUUUCUGCGCUGCCGUUGUUCUUGGAAAAAAAUUAACAAGAAGCGACGAGUCGCUCUUGAAACGACAUCACAUCCUGACUCAGACCUUUGAUUGGCCAACCCCCCGACCAAUCUGUGGCAGGUAGUGUGAUGACGUCAGAUGCAGCCGACUCAGCCCGGUAGUUACAGAAAAAGUAUCUACUCGGCACGUUAGACCCCUAGUGGAAAAGCACCAAACUGAGGGGAGGCGAGUCGAGCUGAGUAGGUACUAGUGGAAAAGCGCCAAUGGGGUCCAGGUGGAGGAAGUGUCUUCCGGGAGUGAACGUGUGUGCCAUACCGUCAGAAGAACAGCCAUGAACUCAGCUCUCAUGCGUCUACUGUUUGGCUUUGUGGACCGCAUCUACAAGAUACCGUUCCAAACAGCCCUGCAGUGCUGGUCCCACUAUCAUACAACAAAAACAGUUUCCUGCUCAGGACUUCAGCAUCCCAAACAUCCUACCACCGGAGAAUCCAGACUUAUCUUAGUGCAUGUGGACCUGGUACAUGUACAGAGAAUCAGAGUUUUUCAACCAAAGACCCAAUAAAUCUAAA